CGUUGCAGACCGCUUUUCAAUCCUUGUCGUUUCAAUCGCUUGUUCAUCCCGAGAUGUCUGACAACGUAGAUGAGCCACGCCCUGCAGAACAGGGCAACGUCAACACGACACAGCAACCCGCCAACGACAUCGACUGGUCCCAGUUGUACGACAUGUUCAUGAAAAUUGAACAACGUUUGCCAGAUUUUGAUCACAUGUUGAUGGCUAUGAAUGAUUACGCGUUCCAGAGAACUUCGAGACAAAGACAAACAAAUGAUUUGAGUGAAUUUUGUGGAGUGCUUAAAAAAGGUUUUUUUGAUUGGUACACAAGUAGUAUCAAUAAUGAAAUUAAUAGAGUACCCAAUUUUAUCGAUUUGACAAAUAAAGUUUUUGAUGAUGACAUAUUGAUGAAAUUUGACAAGAAACUAGUUAGUAUCACAGGUCCUAACAUAGAUACAGACAAGUGUAUACAGACAAGUGCUAGUACAGAUGCUAGUGAAAGUACAAACACAAAUGCCAAUGCAGAUACUAUUAAUAUCACAGGCACAAAUGCUAGUGAAAGUAUAAACACAGGUGCUAAUACAGAUAUAAGUGAAAGUACAAACAGAAAUGCUAAUACAAAUUCUAUUAAAAGUACAGACACAAACACUAAUGCAGAUGCUAGAAAGAGUACAAGCAAAAAUGCUAAUACAUGUUCUCAUACAAGUGCUAGUACACGUACUAAUAAAAGAGCUAGAAUAAGUACGAAUUCUUAUUCAGUGAUGAUGGCUACAAAUCCGAAAAAAUUUUACAAAUAUUUAGAAAGUGCAGAGGCAUUAGAAACUUUAUCUCAGUUAAAUGAGCAGUCGACUGAGCAGUCAACUGAGCAGUUAAAUGAGCAGUUAACUGAGCCGUCAACUGAACAGUCAACUGAGACAAAUGUUGUAAACGAUCACAGUUUCAAAAUAAUAAUGCCAAAUAUGACUGAAAAAUUCACUCACAUAAGGAAGAGACUACUUAUCGAUUGUAAUAUCCAUCUUGGAAUGGAUUAUGAACGUCAUUGGUGGAGACAAACAAAUGAUAAAAUUGUUUUAAAUGUGGAUAUAUCUGAUUUAAUUGUGGAAUCAGUUCCAAAUAUUAAAGUAAUGGUAUCCAUUAUUGGUUUCAAGAUUAAAAUAAAACGUUCAAAUAAAUGGAUUGUUCUAAUAUCAAAUAAGUUUGUAAAACCUAUUAGCAAAUCCAAGUGGGUAGUCAAUAGAUACAUGCAUGUCAAAUUAACUAUGGACAAAAAGGAAAGAGAAUUUUGGGGUAAAUGUCUGGUUACUGAAACAAGAGAACAUGAUACAGCACUUUUUCAACAUCAUACUUGUACCAAUGAGUGCGCUGCACCUAUAAUAAUAGGUGAAAAAUUAACAAUCAGUUCAUCAAAAGAAGAAUGUUUGAAAAAUUUAACAACAUUUCUUAAAAAAGAAUAUGGUAUGGAAGAUCUUGAUGAAUUUAUAGAAGGCAUUGAUCAUUCUACAGAAACCAACUCAUCGGCAACAGAAGAAAAACCGCAAGAUUCAGCUAUAACUUUGAAGUUGUCUGUAGAUCCAAGUACAGUUGAGUCUCUAAACUCUGACUCUGAAAAUCCUCAGAACACACAACAAACUUCAAUGGACUCAGAAGUUUCACCAAAUUUAGCAGUACAAUGUAACGCUGAAGUCUCUCAAAAUCAAUCAGAUUUUUAAUUUGUUAAAGCCUCUUUACAUCCUUAAUAUAAAAGUAUUAUUAAUCGGUGACAGAAUGAUUGAGAGUAAAAAUUGUUUAGCAUUUUAGGCCCCAUUUUGUAAUUGAUUUGUAUUAAAAAAAAAUGUUUAUACUUAAUUCAUAAAAAGUUA